AUGUCCAUCGAUGCAACCCCAAAGCCCUUCCGUGGCCCAUGGGAAGGUGACACGAAAAUAGUGAUUGGUAUUGAUAUCGGGACAACCCAGAGUGGCGUUGCAUUUGCCUUCUUACAAAAUGGCGCAAGUCAGGUUAUUCAUCGUGUUACGAGAUGGCCUGGACAAGAGGCCCGAGACCAACAGGGUAAGAUACCGACACUCGUAUGGUACGAUAGGAGCAGAAAGGCAACUGCAUUCGGCGCCGAAGCACAACUGCCGAUUAUAGAGGAACAAGCAGAGGAUAACGGUUGGGUUCUUGCAAAAUACUUUAAGCUACAUCUUCAUCCGAGCGAUAUGCAAGCCAAGCAUGAGCUCAAACUGGAUGAGUUGCCACCCGGUGUUACCCUCCGUCAAAUUUAUUCCGACUUUUUAGGGUAUCUUCUAAAACACACUAGGUCUUUCUUUGAAGACAGAAUUCUCGACGGUAAACAGAUAUGGUCUCGCUACAGUCCAACGAUGGAGGUCGUGAUCGCUCACCCAAACGGUUGGGGUAUUCGCGAACAGGCAUUUCUUCGAUCGGCAGCCGUUGCCGCUGGGUUUGCAACCACUGACCAGGCACCGACCAAGGUUCGAUUCGUGACCGAGGCUGAGGCCUCAGUGCACUUUUGUAUUCAUCAUACAAACUUGGGUACGGUUCUUAAGCCUGGUACGAACUUUGCGGUAUGCGAUGCUGGUGGCUCCACGGUCGACACCACGCUAUAUUCGGUUACUUCAAUGCGUCCGAUUCUCAAACUGAAGGAGGAGCGGGCAUCAGCAUGCGUGCAGGCAGGCGCCAUUUUCGUGGACUCUGAAGUUGAGAAACAUCUGCGCAAAACUUUGGCGAAUGCUGGUCUGAGCUCAGAAGACGUUGUGGAGUAUACCAAAGCAGGAGUCAAAGACUUCGAGGGCUUCGCCAAGCGGGCGUUUAGAGAUGAAACGACAGAGCAAUCAGUCGCCGUUGCCCAUACUCGGUUCAAUAAUACUACUAUUAGAGCUCGUCGUGGUCGUAUGUCCUUUCCUGGCUUGAUCAUAAAAGAAUUCUUCGAUGUAUGCGUCAAAGAAAUUACAGCGAGCGUCGAUCAGCAAAUCAAUGGACUCAAUGUACCGUACAUACUGUUGGUGGGAGGAUUUGGAGAUAGUGUCUAUGUUCGAAAUGAAUUCAAGAAGCGAUAUGAAUCGCGGGGCUCAAAGAUUACACUUACUAAUGAUUCGUCGUCAAAGGCUGUUGCGGAUGGUGCAUUAAUCUGGAGCACAAUUAGCAGUGUUCACUCUCGUGCCCCACGAUAUUCGUUUGGAAUCAAGAUCCUCGUUCCUUUCCUUUCCCACAUUCACACUCGACAGGGAAGGGUCUCAUACACGGAUGCUGACGGUGAAGAAGUGGUGUCAGGCGGAUGGUCUCAAAUAGUGCAAAAGGGUGUAGCUUUGGACUCCGAAGUCGUAUGCCGUAGACGAUACCACUGCCGGUAUUCGACUGGGACACCCUAUUUGGAGGUAUUCACCAUUGACUUGAUAUCAUACUCAGGCGACGGAACCCCUGAAUGGGUAAAUUCUCCAAAUGGAUCUCUAUGCCCCGGGUUCCGAACGUCCUGUACCAUUAAAGCUAACCUGAAGAACCUAGAAGGCGCAUUAACUUCAGCUACAGGUAGACAUGGUUUACGCUAUUGGUCCUUGAGCUUCGAAGUUUGUAUUCGUUUUGGUGGCACCGAGUUAGAAAGUUACUUGGAAUGGGAGGAACAUGGGAUUAAACGCACUGGACCAGCAUCUAUUGUCUCUCAGGAAAUUAACUUGUGA